AUGUAAGGGUUUUAUCUACACAGAUAACAAGGACUGCAAGGGAUGGGGAAACCAGGCAGAGUGAACCAAACCACUGUUUCAGACUUCCUCUUUCUAGGACUCUCUGAGCAGCCGGAAGAGCAGCUUCUCUUAUUUGGCAUCUUCCUGGGCAUGUACCUGGUCACUGUGGUGGGGAACUUGCUCAUAAUCUUGACCAUCAGCUCUGACCCACACCUUCACACUCCUAUGUACUUCUUUCUGGCCAAUCUGUCAUUAACUGAUGCUUGUUUCACUUCUGCUUCAAUCCCCAAAAUGCUGGCCAACGUUUAUAGUCAAAGCCAGGCCAUUUCCUAUUCUGGGUGCCUUACACAGCUGUAUUUCCUUCUCGUGUUUGGUGGCCUUGACAAUUGCCUCCUGGCUGUAAUGGCAUAUGACCGAAAUGUUGCUAUUUGCCAGCCACUCCACUAUAGCACAGCUAUGAGUAGCGAACUCUGUGCAUUAAUGCUGGGCAUGUGCUGGCUGCUAACCAACUGCCCUGCACUGAUGCACACAUUACCGCUGAAUUGUCUGGCUUUCUGUGCCCAGAAAGCUAUCCCCCACUUCUACUGUGAUCCCGGUGCACUACUGAAGCUUGCUUGCUCAGAUACCCACAUUAACGAGCUAAUGAUCAUCACUAUGGGCCUGAUGUUUCUCACUGCUCCCCUCCUACUGAUUGUCCUCUCCUCUGUCCGCAUUUCCUGGGCUGUGUUUAGCAUCUCAUCUCCUGGAGGGCGGUGGAAGGCCUUCUCCACCUGUGGCUCUCAUCUCACGGUGGUCUUGCUCUUCUAUGAGUCCCUUAUGGGUGUGUAUUUACUUCCUCCAUCAGCUUACUCUACAGAGAGGGACAGUAAGGCUGCCAUUCUCUAUAUGGUGAUUAUUCCCAUGCUAAACCCAUUCAUCUAUAGCUUAAGGAACAAAGACAUGAAGGAAGCUUUGGGUAAACUUUUUGGCAGUGGGAAAACAUUCUUCUUACUGUGA